AUGGCCGGACAGGGUGACUCUAGUGCUAGUCCUUCGGGAGUGAGACCUCGCAGAGCACUCCCCGUGAUCACAUAUCAGAUACGGCCGGGAGGGGCCGUUAUCCGCUGGAGCCCGUCUAACCGUCUUCGACGGUGUGCAUGUAAACCGAAGUAUUCCCAUCCGAACGCUCUUGUGUUUGCUCUGGACAAGGAGCGUAAGGUGUUGGCUAGAGAGAAUGCUCGACUUGAGGUCGAGGCGAUCCAGGAUAGGGCGACCAAUGAGAAGCAAGCUGCACGUAUUAAAGAGCUCGAAUAUGACGUUCUUGAGGUCGAGGAUAGAGUUGACGAUCUCUGCGCUCAACUGAGGGAGGCUCGAGAGAUCGAGAUUAAGCGAGCUCGUAAGGUUAGGGGUCGCGCUGAGUCGAUCCUUAAUCUUUGUGACGAUGGCCUUGAGGAGUAUAGCGAUGAGGCUUCGUGUGCGGAGGCCGAGGCUGGAGAGGAGUCUACCCCGUCGCCUGGGCGCUUUAUUCAGGGUUUGAAUGUUGAGAUUCAAAAAGACCUCGCGGUGGCUCAAAUCACUGCGUUUAGCGAGGUUGUAGAAAAGGCCCAACGGGUUGAAAGUGCACGGUUGCAAGUUCGAAACUUCCAGGCCAAGAAGCGUGGCUUUCCUGGGAGUAGUUCUGGACAGGGUGAUAAGAGAACUCCUGCUAAAUUUGGACGAGGAACGGGAGAUGUAUUCCCUGAUGAAUUGGUAUCAUUGCCUCUCGAGAGAGAAAUAGAGUUUAAGAUUGAUCUAGCACCUAAAACCAUUCCUAUCUCAAAAACCCUUUAUUGGAUGGUGCCCGCUGAACUUAAGAAACUGAAAUUGCAAUUGCAAGACUUGUUAGAAUGGGGAUUUAUACAUGAGAGUGAGUCAUCUUGGGGCGCUCCAGUGCUUUUUGUUAAAAAGAAAGAUGGAGGUUUGCGAUUGUGUAUCGAUUAUCGGAGUUUGAAUGCGGUGACCGUUAAGAAUAAAUAUUCUUUGCUUCACAUUGACGAGUUAUUCGAUCAAUUACAAGGGACUGUGAUAUUUUCUAAAUUGGAUUUUAGACAAGAAUAUUAUCAAUUAACAAUUAAGAAGAAGGAUGUGCCAAAAACUGCUUUUAACACUCGAUAUAGGUAUUAUGAAUUUACGGUGAUGCCUUUUGGAUUAACUAAUGCCCCAACUGCAUUCAUGGAUUUAAUGCAUCGAGUGUUUAAACCUUACUUGGACCAGUUUUUCAUGUCAGCGGAUAUUGAGUUUGACGAGUCUUUGAUCUAUAAAGAGCGGCCUAUUCGACUUCUAGAUCGAAAGGUGAAAGACUUGAGAAACAGGGGUGGGCGCCACUCCAAUAUUUAUUCAGAAUUCCAACAAUGUGCGGUGGAUGAGGCUGAGAUUCUGCCAGUACAUAAGGCCAGUACAUAA